AUGAAGACGUCUUUAUCAGCUUUGUUGUUGUCCAGUCAGCUGGUCUCUGGAGCGCCCAGCCUACGCUACGGUCGUCGCCAAGACUCUUCCGGCUGCUGUUUCAAGCUGGACUCUGCCGGGACAGUAAACGAGGACGUUGAGGAAGACCACACUGGACACCUGCAUCUGUCGGGCACUUUCCAGCAAGGUGCAUUUUGCCUCCAAGAUGGCAAGGUUGCAGACUCAUUAGGGAACCAAUGCUUUAUCAAAAGCCCCAAAUACCAGUUCCAAUGUUAUCAGAGAGGCGUUGUUGGGGAUACAGUCUUUGAUAUUGUAAGCGCUGAAAAUGGCACAACUAAGCUCGUUUAUGACAGUGGACCUGGGACCUAUCUGGCCUGCUCAUCGGAUGGCGGAGAAAGCUAUGAAAUAUUUUCAACCGAAAAGCCAGACACCACAGGUUGUCUUGAAGUCUCCUUGGUAUUAUCUGACGAGACUGGGGAAUGCACGGCGUCCAGUCCUGUUCCUGCGGCGGAGGAUGAGGAGGAAGAGGCUGGGGAUGAGCAGGAUGGCGAGGAGGAGGAGGAGGAGAACGGAGAAGAGGACGACGAAGACGAGGAGCAGGAAGAGGGCCAGGUGGAUGCAUGUGAAAGCGAUGUAGGGACGACGACAGAAGGAGAAGGUGGGGAAGAAGAAGGAGAAGGAUCGAUUGCUGAGGAAAACACUACAUCCACACUGCCGACCACCUGCUCAGUAUCGACAUCUGCCCCCUCAUUGGCCCCGGUCGCCAUUGGAUCUCCGGCCAAGGAGGGCACAUCCAGCGAAAUCAUGGAUACUGGCGUCAAUGCUUCUAUUACCACGAACGACAGCACCGUGUUCAAGUUUUCCAUCCCAAGCAAUUUUGCCGGGUCAUCUCAGCAGCUUUGUGCUCUUCAAUUUCGGCUGCCUUUCUGCAGUGAGCUCGCCGAAGGCUAUCCCUGCUUCCAGUUCACUGGAUCGGAACAAGAAUUAUCGUCGAAUUCGGGAAUGACUUUUGCGCCAUAUGGCGAGAGCAACGAGUUGUCGAGCUGGAAUGAAACUGCAUUGCAGCAGGUUUACCCAGGCGAUCAACUGGUUUUGGGCACAUUUGAGUGCGGUUUUCCUGAGAACAACAGUGGCAGCCGCGAUAUCUCCUGGCUCGCUAGCAGUGUGAGGAGUUUUGGUCUGCAGUUCGAACAGGCCGGAGUCGGAUCAUCCAAGUUCAAGGACGGUGUUGGAGCAUUUAUUGUACAGUGUUCUUGA